AUGAGGUGUGUUAGAUACUUCGAGGAGGUUGGUGGCAUUGCGAGAGGCAAUAACUCGUCUUUUAUAACACUUUUGCUAAAGCUUAUGGAUCCUCUCUCGUUAGUAGAUUAUCAGCUGAUAAGCCUCAUCGGUUGCAUUUAUAAAAUCAUUGCUAAAGCUCUCACUUCAAUGCUCGAGAGAGUUAUUGGUUUGGUUAUUGAUGAGGUUCAAACCGUGUUCAUCGAGGGUCGUGAUAUUCUGAACGGACCCAUGAUUAUCAAUGAAUUAUGCACUUGGGCCAACAAAACCAAAUCCAAAAAUUUUCUUUUUAAAGUCGACUUUGACAAAGCGUUCAAUUCCAUUAGUUGGAAGUACAUGGAAUCGAUUAUGAUUGAAAUGGGCUUUGGGUGUAAAUGGAUUUUGUGGAUCAAAGGUUGCCUUCCCUCUUCAAAAGCUUCGGCUCUUAUUAACGGAUCCGCCACUAAAGAGUUGUCGACCACUAAAGGUGCUCGAAAAGUGACCCUCUCUCUCCGUUCUUGUUCAUCAUCGUCAUGA